AUGUUCUGUCCCGGGACUCAUGUGAGUUAUUUGAGUGAGUUGGGCUGGCGUUCUAUGCUCGAGAGGGGGCAACCUGUCUACCGCCGGAACCGAUUCGACGUUGUUUCGAGUCCUGCUGGAGCAGCUGAUGGAAUGGCAGGUAGACGCCGAGACAGCAGUUGUCGAUCAAAAGUGGGAUCAAAAGUGGUGCAAAUCGGUGGCAAUCAGAGAUCUGGUGAUCCCCAUUCUCAUUGCCGCAUCGAGUUGACUCGAUUCAGUGCCCAGUCUCGAUCUGUACUUUCCUCUAACACUCACCUGACCCCAACGUAG